AUGAGAUGGGUUCGUUGGGAAAAACUGGUGAAACCGAAAGAUUACGGAGGUAUAGGGAUGGGAGGGAUCGGUGAAUUUAACCACACCAUGUUGGCAAAAUGGUGGUGGAGGUACAAAGAUGAACCUAGUCAGUUAUGGGUCUCGGUUAUACAAGCAAUUCACAAGUCGGGGCUGGGUAAAAGCAUGAUCCCGGGCAAAGGCAAGUGGACGUGGGAGAUUAAAGAAAAUAAAGGCUUCUCUGCUAAAUGCUUUAGGACGGAAAUUAUGAGGGUGAACGCGGUUAUGGAUAGCAACAUCAGGUUCAUAUGGAACUCUUGGACGCCGCUUAAAAGAAACAAUUUAUUAUGGAGAGUUCUGAUGGGGAAAAUUGCAACUAAAACUGAGUUGGUUGCUCGUGGGGUUGUUCUCCAGAAUAUUGUUUACGAUAGGUGUGGGUAUAACGAUGAAGACCCAAAUCACUUAUUUGUGAACUGUUUGUGGGCGAGAAGCACAUGGUGGCAGGUUUGUGUUUGGAUGAGGAUUCCGAUUCCCAUGGACAUGAGCUCCGUUAAAAGCAUUCUGGAGUCUAUUAUGGAAAACCCGGGAUCGAGAUGGAAAAAAUUGUCCAUACAGUGA